UGGCCUCAGAGUGAUGCAGGAGUGUGUGUAAACCUCUCUAACACUUUAAAUGAAUGUUGGCUUCAUUUUUAGUUAAUUUACCUUUCCCUGUUGGAAGGUAGUGAAUCAGUAAUACGUUUGUGAGUCUGUGUGGUGUGGAGGGGUGGUUAAGGCCCACAAAGAGAAGAAUAAGUCACAGAAAUACCAUAUGCCAAAAUCCCGAGGCGAAGAAAUUGUGCGCGCAGUUGUGAUAGAUAUUUCUUGUUAAAAGGAAUAAGUGUUGGCGUGAUUAAUUAAAAAGUAAAGUGGCAUUACGUUGUAUAGUGUUGUGGAAAGAUGGAAGACUCGAGUGAGGUGUUGGUCUGUGCCGCCGAGUACAUUAAAGAUCGGCUGUACUUCGUAACUUUAAGGACUUCUGGACGUCCACGGUCUACUGCAAAUACUCACUAUUUUACAAUUGAUGACGAAUUGGUUUACGAGAACUUUUAUGCCGACUUUGGCCCCCUUAAUUUGGCUAUGCUGUAUCGUUAUUGUCAGAAGCUCAACAAGAAGUUAAAGGUAAGUACUGUAGCUAGUUGCUACUACAGUUUUAUUGGUAUUGUAUAUUAUUAUAUACCAGUACCAUUCUUUCUAUGAUGACUGUUCUCUCUC